GACAUCGGACCCGCUAGCCGGACGUUCCGCCCGCGCCGCCAGGAACCGGAAGUACCCGGCCCCUUUAAGCAAACGGACCCGGGUGAACGGAAAUUACUCCCUGAGGCAGCGGCGACGGCGGCGACGGCGGCGGCGAGAGGAUGAACAACAAGUUCGACGCAUUGAAAGAUGAUGACAGUGGGGACCAUGAUCAGAAUGAAGAAAACAGCACACAGAAAGAUGGUGAGAAGGAAAAAACGGAACGGGACAAGAGUCAGAGCAGCAGCAAGAGGAAGGCUGUUGUCCCUGGACCAGCAGAGCAUCCCCUGCAGUAUAACUACACUUUCUGGUACUCCAGGAGGACCCCCGGUCGCCCCACCAGCUCACAGAGCUACGAGCAGAAUAUCAAACAGAUUGGCACCUUUGCCUCUGUGGAGCAGUUCUGGAGGUUUUACAGCCACAUGGUUCGUCCCGGGGACCUGACAGGCCACAGUGACUUCCAUCUCUUCAAAGAAGGAAUCAAACCAAUGUGGGAGGAUGAUGCAAAUAAAAACGGUGGCAAGUGGAUUAUUCGUCUGCGAAAGGGCUUGGCGUCCCGCUGUUGGGAGAAUCUCAUCUUGGCCAUGUUAGGGGAACAGUUCAUGGUCGGGGAGGAGAUCUGUGGGGCUGUGGUCUCUGUUCGCUUUCAGGAGGACAUUAUUUCCAUAUGGAAUAAGACUGCCAGCGACCAAGCAACCACAGCCCGAAUCCGGGACACGCUUCGGCGGGUGCUUAACCUACCUCCCAACACCAUUAUGGAAUACAAAACCCACACCGACAGCAUCAAGGCCUGGGAGGAGUUUCAUGGCCUGGUGAACAGCAGCGGCCGCUGAUCGGACGCUCCCCCUCUGUCUCUCACACUCAGGGGACAAUUCAAGCUUUCGAAAUACAAAAAUCACAUUGUGAAGUCCACAAGCUGGCAAUAAUCCCUUUCUGUGUGUGUGUGUGUGUGUGUGUGUGUGUGUGUGUGUGUGUGUGUGUGUGUCGGGAACGGAUCAGGGGUCUCCAGCUGGCCCCUCUGUCUGCUCACUGAAGGGACCCCCCAUCCCCCCCUCUGAGCCCCAGGCUCCCCUUUUGCACUCAUUCCUGGAGGCCAGAUCUGAGAGACACCCUCCAGCCUCAAUGACUUUAUAAAGUGGAAAGACAGAUGGUGUGGCUUUGCAACAGACAGAUGUGUUUUUUCUCAUGGGGUCGAUUCUGUGGGCAGUUCGGCCUGUCAUGUCAUCCUGCACUGUCCAGAGGCCACCCGGGUGUCCUGUCUGCUUGUCUGCUGUCCAGAGGGCGUUGUGAUCGAGUGCACAGGCCAGAGCACCACCGGCCAAGAGCCAUCAGUAUUACGGAUGUCUGCAUCCUGGGCAGAAGAAGGCUUUUUGUUGGAGAGUCCCAGAAUAGCUGUAAAUGCUCUCGUCUCACUCCGCCAUUAAAUUAUUGGGACAUUU